CUGGAGUCUUGUCUCGUUCCCCUUGUGCCCUUCAAACUUCUGCGUCCUCGUUCGUUCCUCGUUUCUAGCUCUCAUCCACCAACGGAACAAAAAAUCACCUCGAGUCGUACCCUCUUCUCUCUCACCUUGUCUAUCCUUGAUUCCAUCGCCCUCCACCUUCCACACACCUGCUUCGAAUUUUACACUGGCUCGCCGCCUCGUCGAUCCUUAAUAUGCCUAUUUCGCCGAGUUAGACAAUUUAUUUCGUCAACUUUGGACAAGUCACGAUUGUUCGCUCUUGCUCCUGCCUCUGCUUUUGCAUCUGCAUCACCCACCUGCACCUGCACCCACACCCGCAACUCAAGAGCCACGUAACACAUUUUUCCAACAUCUCAGAAUCAUCAGAUCACCAAUCCGACAUUUCCAUCGUACUUACUUGGUCACCUUCUGACUCUCCGCAUCGAGGAUUCCACCACAAACAGGUGUUGGUUCAUUCUUAGACUCGACGUCUUUCGUCAUCACGCACCAGUGUUUCGUAUGCGAUCGAUCAUCCUUGAUUUUCUCGAAUCAACUAUUUGACGAACCGCCCUGUUUACGCGGUCAUCAAUAUAUCUCGCAGUCUAUCAGAUAGCCUGAAGACACGCUACUCACGCUGACCUCACCGGGAGCCAAUUUUCCCUCCACGCGUGUCCGAGCCACCCUUUAUCGCCACAAACCCAAAGCUCUAUCACCUCGACGCGAUGGCGACAUUCUCAAAUCCUUCCGAAGCCUUCUAUGAGGAUGGCCCGGGCAGUUCGCCAAGAGCCUUUCGCAACCCACAAAUCAAUCGCCAGGGUAUAAGAAACGAUGGCUAUGGAAACGUGCAUACCCCUAUGUUCGGCAAUGAUGCUGCCAUCCCCACAAUGCGCUUUGAUAAUAUGAGAGAUGGUUUUGGAGGCCCAAUGAACAAUUCAGGUCUCGGCAACGUUCACUUUCCAUACGACCCCAAUACCGCUCAAACCUGGAGCUCUGGUGGCGGGUCUUUGCAGUCAUUUGGGAAUGGCCAGCCUGGGAUUCACCAGAAUCAGAACUUCAAUCCUUCACGAAGCGUGAAACCCAGUCGCGGCCGCGCCGGCAUCUCAAAUCUGUGGUAUGACCAACCCGGGCAAAUGCAACAACCUCCCCCUCAACACCCUUCAAUGAUGGGCCCAAGACCUGGACCUCACGGCCGAAACGACAUGCAUGACGACGAUGAUGAACUCAUCCCAACCGCGAUAGUUAUCAAAAACAUCCCAUUUGCUGUUAAGAAGGAGCAACUCGUGCAGCUGAUGGUUGAUAUGAACCUACCACUCCCUUAUGCAUUCAAUUAUCACUUUGAUAAUGGUGUCUUUCGAGGACUUGCCUUUGCCAAUUUCACUUCACCCCAAGAAACCGAACAAGUCAUCCAGGCCUUGAAUCACAUGGAUUUGAGUGGACGGAAGUUGAGAGUUGAAUAUAAGAAGAUGCUUCCUCUGGCUGAGCGCGAACGCAUUGAACGAGAGAAGCGUGAACGCCGUGGACAACUUGAGGAACAACAUCGUCCUGUUCCUGGGUCUCAAUUGCACAACCAAGUCUCUAUGUCUUCCAUGUCAAGGAACACCCCAUCGCCUCUGUCUCACCGUGGUGGAAAACCUGACGUUGAUAUGAAUGAUGCAAAAACUUUGGAAUUCUAUACCGACAUGACCUUGUUCAGAAGAGAUCCCACCCGCGAGGUCUUGAUCUUCCCACCUACCCUGGAACCUCAUCAUCGACGCGUGGUUCACACCCUUGCACAUCAUAUGGGUUUAAUGCACACCUCACGUGGAAGUGGUGACCAGCGCCAAGUUCAUAUUCAUCGCCCUGCGCCUGGCACUACUAAUGUCAGCCCACCAACCCUCGCAGGAGCAUUUGGCCCUUCCAAUGAAAAUCUCCGCCAGAGCUUGGCAAGAUCAUCCACGGCUGACUUCAGCGAAGGCGGCCGACAAUACGAGUCGCCUGCCUUCAACACUCUGCGCGGUCAAUCCUCGGUCGGACUGCUCGAUGUAGUGGACACCAACGCCUUUGGUAGAGCCGCCGAUAACAACCUUCGCAAUGCCAAGUCAUUUGCAGACCUUCGAUCAUGGAGUCCAUCCCCUGUCCCGUCGUCGGCUAGUUUCCCAGCUGCAUUGCAAACCAACGGGGCAAGACUCCAGGCUCUGAAUGACACUGCAGGCUCCACCACCCCUACAUUGACUCCCACAGGCGGUUCCAGCGCACCAGGCACGAAUCGCGAUGAACCAUUUCUCAUUUCGGGAUUUUCCAAUCUUUCCAUGGGCACUACUGGGCCCAGCCAGACCAGUCCUCGGCGCCAACGAAGCUUCUUUGGCAACGGAGCCGAUUGGAAUGAAUCACAGACGUACCAAACCGCGACCGCGCCAAUUGGCAGCAAGCGAACAGUCAGUGUCGGACCUGAGACCAGCAACUCAAACAGCAAUCCAGUCCGUCAGUCUCGUGGCCCAAGUGUGAACAAUGCCAUUGGGUUUCGACGACAAAACGGACGUGGUAGUGACGAACUCAGAACGACCACAUCAGCAAUUGCCGAAUGAAACACGAAACCAUAUACCCCUUCUUUGAUGACGCUCAUGCAGAGCAAUGACGAUUCAACGAUCCACGAACGAGAUGAACCGAUCCUCUUCCAACCAGGAGAAAGAAACAAAAGUUAGACGCAUAGGGCAGCCGCAUGACUGCAUGAUUGGACUACAGAAAAAGAUUGUUGUAACGAAUGACAGGGUUUCAUGGUGUGGCAUACAGCAUAUUACUUUUUCUCUGCAAUUCAGUUUUGAGUUGAUGACCAUGUCUCGUUGGCUGGCACCGAGGCUGAGGUUUGUACACUUUUGACAUGAGUUGUGCUGAGGCGGCGUAUCCAAGGGCGAUGUCAUGUCAGAGUUUUGAGAUGAAGGAUGUGCUUUGUUUUGCAAGGUUGGGGGAUUGUCCUGGUCCGAGCACGUACGGCUUGUUGACUAGGACCGUGACUCUCUAUCUCUCGCUAUUUGGAGAAAUGAGCUCGAUGUAACAAGAACACUCGUUUUAAUGGCUAGUUGGCAGUGAUCUGGUGAGGGAGCUGCAUUUAAUAAGAAGUUAUUGUUUGUUUUAA